CUGGGUGCUCUUUGCUUCCUCUCCAAGGAAGUAAAUAAGAACAUGGACUUUACUCCAAGGAACAGUGAGCAGUCGGCCCGUGUGAAGACGCAGAAGGAGCUGAUGAAAGCCCUCAAAGAGAUGAAGAUCCGUCUGCCCUCUGAGAAAUGCAGCAAGGGGAAGUCGGGCACGCUGGCCACCCUCCAGUAUGCCCUCUCCUGCGUGAAGCAGGUCCAAGCAAGCCAGCAUUAUUAUCAGCAGUGGAGCAUUGAUGACAGCCAGAUCUGCAGCCUGGAUAUGUCCACCUACACCAUCGAGGAACUGGAGAACAUCACAUCUGAAUACACCCUCAAAAACCCAGACACCUUCAUGGUUGCUGUGUCUUUCACCACGGGGAAAAUCCUCUACAUCUCCAACCAGGUGGCCUUCAUCCUGUGUUGCAAGAGAGAGGUCUUCAAGGGGGUGAAGUUUGCAGAGUUUUUGGCCCCCCAAGACGUCAGCAUCUUCUACGGAUCCACAGCUCCGUACCACCUGCCCUCCUGGGGCGCCUGCCCCUCUGCCACAGCCGCCAUGGACUACACCCAAGAGAAAUCCGUCUUUUGCCGCAUCAGCGGAGGCCAUGCCAGAGGAUGGGAGCUGCGCUACUACCCUUUCCGGCUGACCCCUUACCUGACCAAGGUGCGGGAUUCGGACAGCUCCGAGGGUCACCCCUGCUGCCUGAUCAUCGCCGAGCGCAUCCAUUCGGGCUAUGAAGCCCCCAGGAUUCCUCCCAAUAAACAAAUCUUCACCACCAGACACACCCCCAGCUGCUUGUUUCAAGACGUGGAUGAGCGAGCUGCCCCCCUGCUUGGCUACCUCCCCCAGGACCUGGUUGGGUCCCCUGUCCUUUUCUACUUGCAUCCUGAGGACCGACCUCUUAUGCUGGCCAUACACAAGAAAAUCCUGCAAUACGCCGGCCAGCCGUUCGACCACUCACCCAUCCGCUUCUGUGCCCGCAACGGCGAAUACAUCACCAUCGACACCAGCUGGUCCAGCUUUGUCAACCCCUGGAGUCGCAAAGUCUCGUUUAUCAUGGGCAGGCACAAAGUGCGGAUGGGUCCCCUCAAUGAGGAUGUCUUCACCGCCCCCAAAGUCUUGAAGUCCAAGGUCCUGGAGGUGGACAUUCAGGAGCUGUCCGAGCAGAUUCACCGGCUGCUGCUGCAGCCGGUGCACAGCAGUGGAGCCCUGGGCCAUUGCAGCAACUCGGCCUCCCACAAGCAGUUCUUGAGUAUCACCUCUUCCAGCAACAGCAACGGCUUCCCCCCAGAGGAGGCCCAGGCCCUCUGGCCGAUGACAUUCCAGGAGAUCUGCAAGGAUGUCCACAUGGUGAGGAACCAGGGCCAGCAGGUCUUCAUCGAGUCCUGGGUCAAGCCGCUGCCCAUCAAACCUUCUCGGACAGCUCUGGAUCCACCCAUCAGUCACACAGGGCAGUCAAGGGAGACCUUGAGGGACGUGGAGAAGAGGUCGGGCAAGGCAGCCACCUCCGAGGACUCGAUACGGAAGGAGCCUUCCAACUACUCCUACCAGCAGAUCAACUGCCUGGACGGCAUUAUCCGAUAUCUGGAAAGCUAUAACAUCUCCAGCUGGGUGAAACGCAAGUGCGGUUCGUCCUCCUACACUACCUCCUCCAAUUCGGACGACGACAAGCAGAAAGUGCACCAACAGGUGGCCACGCAAAGCAAAAAUGUGCCUGAGGAGAGGCUGCCGGCCACAGAGAGACAGCCCAACAGGGAAGAAACUGGGGCAGCGGUGGCUGCCACUGCCAUGGUGGGAAGCCCUCUCACUCCGCUGGCCUUGCCCACUAGCAAAGCUGAGAGCGUGGUGUCUGUGAACAGUCAGUGCAGCUUCAGCAGUACCAUCGUCCACGUGGGAGACAAGAAACCCCCGGAGUCGGACAUCAUCAUGAUGGAAGAGACGGCGCCCAGCGUGAACCCCGACCGGGAGCCACAGUACCGCCGGGUGGGCCUGACCAAGGAAGUGCUCUCCAUCCACACCCAGAAGGAGGAGCACUCCUUCCUCACCCGCUUCAAGGACCUCAGCCAGCUGCACAUCAUCAACUCCCCCUCCAGACUCAACUGGCUGGAGCAGCACCACCCCCAGGCCCAGGACCAGCGAGGAUCCAGAGGCCUGCGCCAGGGACCUCGCGGGCCAAACGGACAGGGACACAGCUGGAAGUCCAAGGCCAAACGCAUCAGCCAGAACAAAUUGUCGGACAGCACUAGCUCCCCCCAGAACUCUCUUGGCUCACCACCACAGCUGCCCUGUCCCCCAGCUGCCGCCUCUUGGGCCCCCUUUGGCCCUUUCCUGCCCACCCUCCCAAACAUGUCCUACCCCACCAUUAUGCCCACCUACCCCAUCCCCGUCUUUCCUCCUUGCCCCACUGCGCUCCCGGCCACCGAGCCCUUGCACAACCCCUUGCCGGUCCCUCAGUUCUCCCCCCCCCUCGUCGCCCCCAUGGUGGCCGUCGUCCUACCCAAUUACAUCUUCCCCCAGAUCAGCAACCCCCUCCCCCAGACGUACUUUCCCAGGAGUCCUGUUUUCCCCUUCGGGCCUCCGCUGCUGGGCGGCAGCAUGCUGGCUCCAGGGCCCGAAGCCGGCCUGCAGGUCCCCUCCCGCUCUUCCACCCCACACUCGAGCCAGACUGAGCAGGCCGAAUCGCCCCUCUUUGAGUCACGCUGCAGCUCCCCCUUGCAGCUGAACCUGCUCCAGAUGGAAGAGCUGCCCAAGCCGAGCGAGCGGCAAGAAGCCGUCCUGAGCAGUCAGGCGGCACCAGCUGGCACCUCAGCGGAUUGGUUUGGAGUGACCGGCGGGCAGGGCCUGGGGAAUGAACUCGGCCCUCUGAAGGAAGCCUGCAUGGUGGAAGCUCAUGAUUCCUCCAACAAUGACGCUUUGUCCAGCUCCAGUGACCUCCUGGAUCUCCUCCUUCAAGAAGAUUCGCGCUCCGGCAGAGGGUCGGCCGCCUCGGGCUCCAUGGGCUCGGGCUCCAAUGGGGAGAGCACAUCUGCCAGCGGGACCACCAGCAGCAAGAGUAGCAACACCAGCAAAUACUUUGGCAGCGUUGACUCGUCUGAGAACGAUUUACGGGCCAAGAAGCGAUCCAAGGCAGAGGACAACGAACACUUCAUGAAAUAUGUCCUCCAGGAUCCCAUCUGGUUGCUGAUGGCCAACACCGACGAUAAGGUCAUGAUGACCUAUCAGCUGCCCACCAGGUGA